UUUAUCCUUUCCUCGAACUCUCUGGUAGCCUGGAAUUUGAAACUCAAAAGACACGUCUGGCUAUCCAGCUGGACUAUGAGAAGAAUCAACUGAAGGAAGAUCAAGAGAAGGUGAUCAUGUGGGAACAGACGGUCAAGAAAGAUGAGAAUGAGAUAGAGAAACUCAAGAAGGAAGAGCAGAGGAAUAUGAAGAUCAUUGAUGAAACCAUGGCACAACUGCAGGAUCUGAAAAACCAGCACUUGGCCAAGAAAUCUGAGGUUAAUGAUAAAAACCAUGAAAUGGAGGAGAUCCGCAAGAAACUAGGGGGUGCUAACAAGGAGUUGACGCAGCUGCAGAAGGAGGUGACUGCCAUCGAGACCAAGCUGGAGCAAAAACGCAGUGACAGACACAAUCUGCUGCAGGCUUGUAAGAUGCAGGACAUCAGACUUCCACUCCGAUCAGGAACUAUGGAUGACAUCAGCCAGGAAGAGGGUGGUUCUCAGGCUGAGGAGAGCCUAAGCAGCAGUCAGAAGACAUCUAGCACCGUCCUAGCCAAGGAAGCUCUUAUUGAGAUCGACUACAGCAGCUUGUCAGAAGACCUAAAAGACUCGCUGUCAGAAGAGGAGAUUAAGGGGGAGAUGAACACAUUACAGCAGAGACUCAAUGAGCAGCAGAGCAUCCUGCAGAGGAUCAGUGCCCCCAACAUGAAGGCAAUGGAGAAACUAGAGAGCGUCAGAGACAAAUUCCAGGAGACCAGUGACGAGUUUGAAGCUGCCAGGAAGAGGGCGAAGAAAGCCAAGCAGGCAUUUGAACAGAUAAAGAAGGAGAGAUUUGACCGUUUCAAUGCUUGCUUUGAGUCUGUGGCCACCAACAUCGAUGAGAUAUAUAAAGCUCUGUCCCGCAACAGCAGUGCUCAGGCAUUUCUGGGGCCUGAGAACCCAGAGGAGCCAUACCUGGAUGGUAUCAACUAUAACUGUGUGGCCCCAGGCAAACGUUUCAGGCCCAUGGACAACCUGUCUGGAGGAGAAAAGACUGUGGCUGCUCUAGCCUUACUGUUUGCCAUUCACAGCUAUAAGCCUGCUCCCUUCUUUGUUCUGGAUGAGAUUGAUGCAGCACUGGACAAUACCAACAUUGGCAAGGUUGCAAACUACAUCAAGGAUCAGUCGGUGCAGAACUUCCAGGCUAUCGUGAUCUCUCUGAAAGAGGAGUUUUACACUAAAGCAGACUCCUUGAUUGGAGUCUAUCCAGAGCAAGGAGACUGUGUCAUCAGUAAAGUCCUGACCUUUGACCUCUCCCAGUAUCCUGAUGCCAACCCCAAUCCCAAUGAGUGACACAUUCCUCACAUUCUUUUGAAACAUUCAUUUUUUGCUCUGUAGUUUCUAAAGAUCAGCUUGGGCUUUUUAGUUCUUAGUAUUUACACAUUUGUGUCUUGCUUGAUUUAAAUAUUUCAUUAUGAAUUUUUUUCUUCUUGCCUUCAUACAUGAAUAGGUCAAAUCAUAUGUUUAGUACUCUUUGGCAAUCAUGUAAUUUUGAUUAAUCCAUUAACUAGAUUAGUCUCACUUUUUUAAAUUUUUAACUCUGCAUAAUUUGCUUUGAAGCUUUAUAGUGCAAAACAUCACAGUAAAGUUCAAGUUAAUGUAAAUCGACCAUGACCUGCAGUUUAAGCAAUUAUUUGUGUUGGUUGGUAAAAAUUGUAUCACCACUUUUGUAGUCAAUGUUUUUUGUCCUAAUUUUACUCUUGAAAAAUAAACACUGCUUUUCAGUAA